GCACUUCGCCACGCGGCUCGCGGACCCCGCGCUUGGCGCCCGGGAUCCUUCCACCAGCUGUCUCGGGAACAGCGGCGGCGGUCUAGCAGCCCCCCAAACGCACCCGUUUGGAGGAGAGCUAGCGCCGUAAACAAGAGGGCCGGCUGACCGGGGCUUCGUCGAUUGGAGUUGCGGCGCGCGUUCCAGCGCAAGGGGCUCGAAGAUGUGUCGGCUACUCGUACGAUGAAAGGGAAACGCUUCCACCUGAUAGUGCGGCUCAAGUCUCUCUUCUGGCUGCCCGCGUAGCCCGCGCACGACAUCCGCGGACUGCUAUGCCGGUUGAGCGCCGCACCACAGGGCAGCUUCGGGCAGCUGAGAACGCGACCAUCGCAGCGUUCUAGUCGGCAGCACACGGCCGACCGAACGGGAACUCGCCGUCUUCUCGUUCCCAGCACGGGCGCCGUGGGCCGGCGAGGUUACCCCACCGGGGGGGCAGCAGCCAGCAUGCCCGUGCAGGCUCCGCCCCCUCACUCGUGGGGCAGUGUGCCUGCUACUGCAGCCGCCAAUGCCUGCUGUUGCUGCCGUGGCCGUGUGCCACAGCCUGAAGGGGGAUCCCACGCUCCCCAGUGUCGCGCCCACCACCUCCAGCAGCAGCAGCCACAGCAGAGGCGUCACUUACCUGAGAAUGGUGUUCCCCCACUGCUCCACCUUGUAUCUGCGCCCCCUCCUCCACCCGUGGCGGCAGCGGCGGCAACUGGGGCUCCGGUGAUUCCAGCAGCCGCGCCUGCUGUUGCCUCUGCAGUUCCUGAGGAGAGUGCCGAGCAAGUGGUCGCACGCUGUGUUCACGAGAUGGCGCUGCUUCUCAGGCCUGCUGCUCAAGGUGGAUGCUGGCUGAGCCGGCCCUUGCAGCGCAAGCUGGUUUCUCUGGUGCACUGUCCCAUGUCCGAGCCAGAGGGGCGUGCCCGGGCAGCCCGGGCAGCACGCUCGCUGGGCGAGCGCUGUGCACUCGAGCUUCUCCUCCAGCAUCACCAGCACAACCAGGCGGGCGGCGGAGCAGGUGGAGGGGGCCAACAGCUGAGCGCUGCCCUGUGGGCGGCCGUACGUGCCCGUGGCUGCCAGUUCCUGGGGCCCCACAUGCAGGAGGAAGUGUUGAGGCUGGUCCUCCUUGCCCUCGAGGAUGGGUCACCCCUGUCACGCAAGGUAUUGGUGCUGUUUGUGGUUCAACGUCUGGCACCCCACUUCCCCCAGGCAUCAAAGACCAGCAUUGGCCAUGUGGUGCAGCUGCUCUACAGGGCAUCCUGCUUCAAGGUGUCCAAGCGAGAGGGUGACUCAUCGCUGAUGCAGCUCAAGGAAGAGUUCUGCACAUAUGAGGCGCUACGGAGGGAGCAUGACGCACAGAUUGUCCAGAUUGCCAGCGAGGCAGGCCUGCGGAUCGCACCCGAGCAGUGGUCAUCACUUCUCUACGGAGACGCGGCCCAUCGGUCACACAUGCAGUCGCUGGUGGACAAGCUACAGAGCCCACAAUCCUUUGCCCAGAGCGUACACGAGUUAUCGCUUGCGCUGCAGCGGACGGGGGACCCUGCUGGACUGGCCGCCCUGCGGCCACACUUCGAUCUCCUUGCCCAUUGGGAACCGCCACCAGACGGUGGUGCACCGACGUGGGAGGAGCUGAGCAGGUGCGUGCUGGCGGCACGUGCCUGCCUCCAAGGGCUUGUGGCAUUCAUGGGGGCCUUUGGGGGGCGGCGAAUGAACGGAGGGGGCGGAGGAGCCCCAUCAUCCUCUUCGCCCGGGAGGGGCAGGGCUGAGACGGGAGGUGGUGCGGCUGGUGGGAGCCCCGGCCACAACCCUGGUGGGUCCCGCUACAAGACGAGCCUGUGCCGCGAUGUGGCUCAGCGUGGCUCGUGCCCCCGCGGGGCCCACUGCACCUUUGCUCACUCCCAGGAGGAGAUGGACAGAAAACCACCUUAUGUCCGACAAAACCGGUACAGAAAAGUCUUCACCUCGAAAAAGCACAGUACUCCUGUGCAGAAUUCGCAGCCAACUGAAAGAAAACCACCUCCCCGUUCUGACAACAGAUUCAGAAAGUACCGUGCAAGGCGGCCCCCAAGGACAUCUGUAGAUAUGCCCAAGCCUUCUGUCAGCAAUGACGGCAGGACUGCCAGUACUAGUGGCUACUGCUGUUCAUUGUGCAGGUCACGUGAACCAGGCUGCAGCCCCGAUCACCGGCUGGCGUCCUGCCCACCGGUGCCGGUCAGUCUGUGUGAGUCACCACCGCCUAUUUUGGUGCCUCCUCCCUGUCGACGUGUGGAUCCUGUGGCUCCACCCGUCUCGGUCGGCCUCAAUCCCGAAAGCCCGGCCUUUCACCCGGAUGAGCCCUGGUGCAACCCCUCUCCACCAAGCCGGAUGGUGCUACGUCACAGCUUGGCACUUUCACAAUUAGAGGAUGAUGAUGACUGGGGCUCCAGCCAUGGGUCCUGUGACAGUUCCACCUCGAGCCAUCAUCCAACUCGACCUUGCCCAUCUGAGGAGGAUCCCCUGGUGCCCUUUGACCCUCCCUUGGUCUCCAAGUAUGGACCCAUCUCGCGCUGUGCACGAACCCUUGUCAGAGGUCCUGCCCCGAUCCAGGUGACAUCUCGGCAGCCCCAGGAACUGACUAGUCCCACAGCUGCCUUGCGGCUGCCCCUGGCAUCUGCUGCGGCUGCCCCAUCAUUCUACGCACAGGGUUUUGCCCUUCUCUCAAGUGACCUGGCGUGUGGAGCUCUUGCUGAUCCUCCCCCCCCGCUGCUGUUCCCUAUCAAGGGUGCACCCCCUUUCACCCCCUCUACGGGAGCCCUGCUGGCCGCUCCGCCGGCACUCGUCGCACCCCCGACUAAGGGAAGCGAGUCCUGGGCGGGGCAACCCCAGGUGCCAACGUCAGUGGGCCCCUGGCUCCUGAACCAGCUGGAAGAGUCGGCACAGUUUUGUUCCGACAACUGCUGGACCCACCAGGGACACUGAGAGGGGGCCACACCCACUGCGGACAGGGCCCCAUCCACCGCAAACAUUUGUAGACAAGGUGUCGACCUUGUCAUCGUCGUGUCGGAGCAGCAUCUACCCAGCCACACAGUCAUUGAACCAUACUUGCGCGGCCAUUGGAUCUUGAGGAAGCCAGCCAAAUUAUCGUUAUAUGGGAAGAGCAAAGAGCAGUCCCACGCUGCUGGAUGUGUCUGAGGUCAGGCCGCACCUUCCAUUUCUGGAAAGGGCGACAUCGGGGCUGUGACCCCACCACUUAGGAAGCUGCCCUUGUAACCUUCGAGUUUGCCGUUAUGAUCAGCGGGAAAGAGGUGGACGAGGGCUCUUGGCGCACAGUGUGCCAGGUCGUCUAGCAUGUCAAUGACCAAGACUUCUACCGCUCACUGACUUGGAAAUUUCCCAAGAAACUCUGGAAAUUUUUCUUUUGUGUAUAUGCUGUAGCACAUGCUUGGCUAGCCAAAACAUGCUCACUGCGCAGUGUUUUAGAAACACAGUGGCGUGUGGGUUUUGCCACAAAUUUAAACAGUGGUCCUGAAGAAUGUGUGGGAGGCCUGUGGGAAGUGGCAGAUUAUUGGUGCGUGUUGUAAUGCACCGCAUCCGUCAGUUCCUCGCCAGACAUCGCAUGUGUGCUUUUGUAAGUGGGGCCAUUCUGGGGGUGGUCGCAAUGCGACACUUAAGGCUGAGGGACAUCUUGGGAUGUUGCUUAAAUCAAAUAUAUUAAGCAAGAAAUGUACUUCAAAUCAAGAAAAGAAACGCUGCUUUGCUGAGCACAACUGUGGUAAUAAUAGCUGGCAGUGGCCCUUUUCUCUGUGUUGUAUAUCCGGUUCACAAUCUUCAAAGUGUAGUUGUUGUUUCCUCGUCAUUGUUCUUUUUUUUUUUUACACUUUACUUUCACGUGCACCUCAAAAUCUAGUUCAUUUGUAUGCUUGUCAUAUGUAUGAAUGAAUGUAUUAUGGUGUGAAUGUUGCUAGACUUUAUGAGGAAGCAUUGUUAUUGGCUGGUGAGGGGUGCACUGUAGUCUUCCACAAAAGAACUACCGCUUGUCACUCUUGAUUGCAGGCCCAUUUGUUUUUUCCAGUGGGCUGCUCACCUUGUGAAGUUGAGGAGGAUGCUAAGAUAUUGCUGGACAACCUUUACUGAACUUGAAAUUCCUUUCCCUCGCACAGUUUUGCUAAAGGCACAUUUAUGCGAGUUUUUGGGAAACUACUGCAUGAGCUGUGGCUUUCUCAAAAUUGGACCGUGCACUGAAGCUGAGAUUUCUUUGGUAGCAGUUGUUUGAACAGGGUUCAUGAAUACACCGUUAAUGUGAAGCAUACUUUGGCUUAUAACUGGCACUUUUGCUGUAGGUCGGUAGGUUCUUGUCUCGCAUCAUUUUGGGUCUCCUUAAUAAAAAAAAAAUUGCUCAACAGCCUGAUGCUGUAACCGUUAGGCCAAAAUCGCACACAUACUUCUCUCAUGCCAACGGCAUCUAGAUCUUUGAGACCAUUGACAGUCUGUCACAUAUUGUAGCAUGAGCUAUGUGAUGAGGUUGCACAUG